UGAUAUAUCACAUUUUUUUCCAAAUUGAAAAUUCUGACUCAUUUUUAUUUUCUAUAAACCUUAUGUAACCAUACUUUCACUUCAUACUAUGUACAACAAAAAGACUUUACACGGAAUUUAAGUAAAAAUACCCUCAAAGCAUGCACAAUUCCAUAGAAAACAGAUCGAUCAUACACCUCCUCAACGAAUAAAUCCAUCACCAACUUACUACUCCCAAUUCUUCGAAUUACACACGACAUUUAACGCCAUUUCCUUCUUCCAUCGUUCCCAACUUCUGCGUUUAAAUUAUAUUCCUAUUUUUAUUCUUCGAUCCUUUUCUCGAUCAUUUCCGUGAUGUUUGAUUGCAUCACUUCCAAUCAGACUCCAACCAUCCGUGUUUUUUCACCCCGAAAAACACUGGAUCGUUUCAUUACGGGCUCGAGAAAGUGUGAAAGGUACGCCCCACGCGGCGGAAGCGUUGCGGUCGCGCGGAUGAAAGCGGAAUCGAAGGAAACGGUCGGAAGCCCCUCGAAGGAACGAUCGAACCGUGGAUAUUUAAGUGUGGACCGGUGGCUACGCGAUCAUCAGUCGAAGCUUGAUCUGGAGAUGCUGCGUUUCGUGCCCGUAAUUCUAUUAUUGUUUCAAACAUGCGUUGCUCGAGAAUUGGUGAGCAUUCGGGGUCGUCGAGACAUCCAGGCCGAGGAUAUCACCUCUGUCACCUCGAUGCCCAUCACCUCCAACGUCGAGUCGAAGACUGACCUCGUGCCAGCUGCCUCCGGACACCAAGGCCACCGUCACGAGUCCGGAGGGGGGCAGAGCCACCAUUCCGAUCACCACGAGGAACACGGUGAAGAGGGUGAGAAAGGAUACAAGAGCCAUCACCAUCACGACAAGAUCGACAAGGGUGAGCACGACAAACAUCAUCAUUCUGGUCAUCACGAGGAACACGGUGGCCAGAAGAAGGGGCACCACGAUGAGCACGAGAAGUACGGGGAACACCACGAAGGUGAGAAAGGGCACAAGGCUGGCAAGUUUGGGGAGAAGAAGGGGCACAAGAAAGGUCACAAGACGAAAGGGUAUCACAACAAGUUCCACAAGGACGAGUAUCACAAGGAGCACAAGUUUUACGAUGACUACCAUAAAGGGGGACAUCAUAAGAAACACGGUGACUUCCACGGGCAUCACGAGAAGAAGGAAGGUCAGCAUAAGAAAGGUGGCCAUCAUCAUUCCGGGUAUCACGAGGAUCAUCGUGGUAAAAAGGGUCAUCGUGACAAGGGACACCUCGACGAGGAGCACAAAGGUCAUCAUGGGAAACAUGGACACGAUGAGCAUUACAGUCAUCAUGAUUCUUAUGGAAAGAAGGGUGAUCAUCAUUCUGGAAAGAAAUAUGGAUAUAGUAAAGGACACAAAGGAUGAAGAAGAGAUUAAGAACGAUUUUGGAUUCCUUGAGAUUAUCGUCUUGUUUUCAGUUUAAGAAUAGAUAGAUACUCUAUUCUUGUGAAUCGACGAUUUAAAAAAUUGCGAUUUGUUAAUUGACUGUACUAGAGGAAUAACAAAUUAAUAUUUUUAUGCGAAAAAAAAGUCAAUUUUAAAACGAAUUUUAUAUUACAAUAUAAUACUUAUUAUAUUGUAAUAUUGUAGAAUUUGAUAUUAAGUUAACCGUCUUCAAUGAUGAUUAUUAUUACUUUACACAUAGCUUAUAUCUCCGUAAUACAAUGUGGAAUUACACGCUUAACGGAACGUUAUUUACGCCAUUCGUUAUUCAUGCUACACUCGUUUAAUACCUUAAAUAUUUCACAGCCGUC